CCAAAAUGCCUGGCAAGAAAGACCCCAAAAAGGACGCAAAGAAGGGUGGAAAACCUGAACCAGAGAAAAAGAAGGAGGAGGAAAAGAAAGGCAAGGAUGACAAAAAGGGAGGGAAGGACGACAAGAAAGCCAGCAAGGAUGAUAAGAAAGGCGGAAAGGAUGAUAAAAAGGGUGGGAAGAAGGGAAAAGAGGAACCGCCCAAGGGGAAAGAUGAUGGAAAGAAAGGAAAAGACAAAGGGAAAGGCAAGAAAGUGGAGUCUGAGGAGGAAGAGGAGGAGCUCCUGAGCGAUGAAGAGGAUGAAGAGUUCAGUGAUGAAGAGGAUGAGGAAGACUCAGAGGAUGAUAGGAGAGGGAAGGGGCGAGGAGGCAGGGGAGCUAAAGGAAAGAAAGUGGGGAAGUCUAGACGGGGUGAAGACUCAGAGGAGGAUGAUGAUGAUGAUGAAGAUGAAGAUGACGAGGAAGACGAGGAUGAUGAGGAUUAUGGGAAAUCCAAAAAAAAACCCAAGGAUGAUCGCCACCAUAAAGGAGGGAAAUCCGAUGCUGACGCAAAGAAGAAAAAGGGCAAAAAGAAAGAGGAAACACCACAGAUUCCAGGGAAAGAAAUCCCAAGGAAAGGUCUGAAGAACAUGUCCAGGAUGUUCAUGAAGUUUUCAGGCUUCAAGCGACGCAGGAACAGCAGGAAGAAGCUUAAAAGUACUUCACGUUUAUUCCUGGGUUUGGGGAAGAGAAAGACGCGAAUUGCUAAGAAGAAACGUCGCAAGUCCAUGCUGAAGAACACCUCUCGUUUCAUGAUGAGAUUCAAGGCCAGCAAAAAGAAGAAAAAGGAGAAAGAGGCCAAAGAGAAGGCAAAUGGUGGGAAGAAGCCAACCUAUAUGCUGCUUCGCCUGGGAGGGAACAACUCCAAUGAGAAGAAAGGGGGCUUCUUCAAAGGCUUAUUUGGGAAAAAGGACGGUGAUGGGGCUGUUGACGACUUCAAGAACAGAAGUGUACUGCUGGGGAAGGUUGCAGCGGCAACUAACUGGCUGACCAAACGCUUCCUGUCCACCAAAAUGCGGGAAAAUUCGGGACAGCAUGGCUGGCAAGGGCGUAGAGCUCACAGUCGGCAAGCCAGCUCCCGACGUUAUCUCCAGGGUUACCAAAACAAUGGUUAUGAGCAUGAUGAAGAUGUGUACGGAUACCAGAAAGUAUAUGAAGGGUAUGAUGACGGUUAUGGAGAUGAGGCAGCAUAUGGAAAUCAUGGUCACUAUGGUUACUAUGACAAUGACAAUGGGGCAGGGGGAGCAGGAUAUCAAGACCUUGGUUACUAUGAGGAUGAAGGAUUCAAUGAUCCAAAUGCAGAAUAUUAUCCUGAUGUUCUUUAUGAUGAGAGCACGGGGGAUUAUUAUAACCCUUAUUCCUCUGCUGAUUACUAUGCUUACGAGCAGCAGCAGGCAAUGUAUGGUGAUGAGGGUCUGGACUACUAUGCAGUAAUGGGUGAUGACCAUAUGUAUGGAGGGGAGGUGGAUGGGUUCCUUGACCCUCAGACUCAGGGCUAUUACGAUGAAAAUAAUCAGGGAGUUUACUAUGGUGGCGAACAAGUGGGCUAUUAUGACAUUGGACAGGCAGGUUAUUAUGAGAACCCUUAUGUAUCAUCUAUGGGAAUGCAAGGUGGAUUUGCACAGGACUAUCAACUUAGCUAUACUGAUGUUGGCAUGCCAUACCAAGACUUCAGCUCCCAGCAGGCAAUUGGAUUCCCUCCAGGAGGCCAACAGGUGUUUGGGCUUGGAAACCAAGUUGUAGGUCAAGGACAGGACCUGUAUGGAAACCAGAAUGUUGGCCAGAUGGAUCAGUAUGGAGAUGAUAUCAGUUUAGUUCAAGGGGGGGAGAUGACGUUUAGAGUUCCCAGACCUCAAGUGCGCCUUUUCGGGAAAGAACGUCUAGAUGUUACCUUGCCUCCUCCACCAACUUUGCCGCCUGAUCCAGAAUUUGAAGACAUGUCAGAUAUCCAGUACGAAGACCAGAUUCCUCUCGUGCCAGGUCAGCCUGGUGGCAUGAUGUCAUUACAGCAACAGAUGGCAAUGUCACCACAACAACAAAUAAUGAUGUCUUCUCAGCAAAAUCUGUUGCCCCCUCAAGAACCAAUGAUGAUGUCCCCUCAAAUGAUAUCACCUCAGCAGCAAGUCAUGUCACCGCAGCAGCAGAUGAUGUUACAACAAGACCAGAGUAUGUCCCCCCAAAUGAUGUCAUCGCCAAUUAUGUCACCACAGCAACAAAUGAUGUUAACGCAGCAGCAGCCGAUGUUGCCACAACAACAGAUGAUGUCCCAGCAAAUGAUGUUGCCACAGCAGCAGACGAUGCCCCAGCAAAUGAUGUUGCCACAGCAGCAGAUGUCACAAGAGAUGAUGUUCCCACAACAGCAAAUCAUGUCACCACAAGAGCAAAUGAUGCCACAGCAAAUGAUGCUGCCACAACAACAGAUGAUUUCACCACAGGUAAUUCAACCACAACAGCAGAUGAUGACUGACCCAAUGAUGAUGCCACAGCAGCAGGGUUAUGGCCCACCAUCCAUCCCUACUCCAACUGCAAUGAUCAUUAAGCAAGCGAACAUGUCCCCUCUUCCGGGACGCCGUAUUCAACCCUCUCCGACACCAUCCCGCCGUUCUGUCAUUAUGCCCUCCCCACAAAUGCAACGUCAUCCUUCUGCUAUGGCUUCCCCAGUACCCUCUCCUAUGUUUGCACAAAGACGCAGUCCCUCUCCACAGCCAUCCAUGAGGAGUGGUUUAAUUAAUGCCCAAAGACCGCCCUCUAUUAUGUCUAGGCAACUCUCACCUCCUUCCUCGCCUAUGGCCUCCCCGCUUGCUCGUCGUAGAAUGCAACCUCAGAGAUCACCCUCUUCCCUGGCUCGAGGUCCUUCACCCCCCCACUCUCCCCGUUCCUCAAUGAUCCGGCAUAGUCCCCCACCGUCACCAAGACCAUCAAUGAGGCGACGAUCUCCACCUUCUUCACCUCGUGCUUCCAUGAGAAGGCGAAGUCCUCCACCAGCACCCAGUCCUGCCCGCAGCCCAUUUGAAGCUAGAAAGAUUCAUAGGUCACCAUCCCCUACCCUCUCUCCUGCUCAUGUAUCUCCCCCCCUCUCUCCACAACUCAGCAGAAGACCAUCUCCUUCCCCAUCUCAUCGUAGCUUAUCUCCUGCUGGGCCCCGGCCUCACCUAUCAUCCCCUACUCUUUCUCGCCGCUCAACUCGACUGCUUAGGGAUCCAACACCAGUGGCCCGGCCUCGGAUGGGUGGAAAUGUUCCUUUAGGUACUGUCAGACCCUCCCCUAUGGGUCUCCGAGGACGUCCAGUGCCCCCACCAACCCAGAAUGUGCGUCCUUUUCGUGCCUCCUCUAUAAGAAGCAAUAGGUCUUCUGUUCUCACAGUGGACUCGCUUCACUCCUCUCCUUUCCACUCCCCUCACAUGGUCCACCGUGCUCCCUUGAGGAGAAGAGAAUCUGGAAGAUUACCUCCUCGUCCCAUUGCUCGAGGACGUCCACUUGUGGCCCAGCGGUCAGUAAGAAGUAUGCCACCCCCUUCCCCACAGUUGUCCAUUAAACACAUACCGCACUCCGCGUCCCCGCACCUCUCUCCUCGAGUCUCCCGUCAGCCCUCCCCCCUCCUGCCCCCUCGUGCUGUCCACUCGCCCACUUAUACACCAGAAAUUAUGGCCUAUGCUGAUCCUUACACUCAACAGUCACAUCAAUUUGUAGCUCCAUCUUCUCCCAUGCUUUCUGGUGCUUUGCAGAAUCAAGCUCUACGAGAUGCAUCUUAUGUUUCACCUUUACAAAGGCCAGUGUCACCUCUUGAACCUUCUCUGUCCCCUUCUUCUCCAUUACUAUCUGGAGCUCUGCAAAACCAGGCAGUGAGAGAAGCGUCCUAUGUAUCUCCUAUUUAUAGACCUCAAUCCCCUUAUCCCCCAUCUGUACCUCCAUCUCCAGUGCUCCCUGAAGCCAUGAGACAUGGACAGGCACUAAGAGGCGUAGCUUCCUAUCAGACACAGUUCAGUUUGCCAUACGGACCAACUGUUGUUACGCCAUAUGAUUAUAUCUCUGAGCCUGCCCCUGCGCCGCUGCUCCAUGAUGCACUGCAAAACCGAUCUGGUUUGCAGAGUGUCUCAACUAUGAGAUCCCCUAUGAUGCAGCAUCGUAACCCUUAUGCACCAGCUGGGCCUCAGCUCCACAGUGCUCUUCAGCAGAACCCAAACCUUCGUCAAGCUUCUUAUCACACUCCUGUGCAACUCAGACGAUCUCCAUAUGGACCCAAACCACCCUCUUCCCCAGCAUUAGGAAGUGCCCUGCAAAACCCACAAUUGAUGCAAGCGUCUUACCGUCUGCCAGAUGGAACUUUGGUUUCACCAUAUGCAGAUCCACGUUCCUCCCCAUUGCUUGGCCAUGCCCUGCAAAAUCAGCAAGUUCGUGGAGCUUCGUAUGUUUUGCCCGAUGGAUCGAUCAGGGACCCUCGUAUGCCUCAGAAGCCAAUGUCUCCUAACCUCUCGAGAGCUCUUCAGAAUCAGAACAUUAAGACUGCUUCAUAUACUCUUCCGGAUGGGACCAUUAUAGAUCCUAGACAGCAACAACCCAUUUCCCCAAACUUGGCUAAGGCCCUAAGCAACCCAGUUUUGCGUGAGGCCUCCUACUCUCUCCCUGAUGGGACCAUUGUGAUUGACCCCAAAAAACAAAAGUCCCCCAAUCUCGCAGCAGCACUUCAGAACCCUUACCUCAAAAGUGCAUCCUACACCUUGCCAGAUGGCACCAUCAUCAUUGAUCCACGCAAACCUGUCUCUCCAAACCUUUCCGGUGCCCUCCAAAACAGCGCCUUGCGGAGUGCCUCAUUCAAAUUACCAGAAGGGGUUCAAGACCCCAAUACACCCAUAUCACCAAACUUGACCAAGGCUCUCCAAAACCCAGCCUUGAAAGGAGCUUCAUACACACUCCCAGAUGGAACUAUUAUCAUUGACCCAAGAAAACCAAAGACCCCCAACCUGGCAGCUGCCUUGCAGAAUCCUUAUUUAAAGGGUGUGUCCUACACCCUGCCCGAUGGAACCAUCAUCAUUGACCCACGGAAGCCAGUUGGCCCUGAUCUCUCUAAAGCUCUUACGAAUGCAAACCUUCGAAGUGCAUCAUAUCGUCUUCCUGAUGGGACCCUGGUAAUCCCUGGUCAGCCUCCAAACCUUUCAUCUGCUCUGAGGCAAAACCGGGCUCUUCGUUCUACAGGUCUCUAUCAUUUGUCAGAAAACUCUGUGCUGACAGGCGUGCCCAGACCCACACCUCCCAACCUAUACACUGCGCUGCAGAAGGAAGAUAUGCGUGGCGCCAGUUACAGGCUUUCAGAUAAAUCACUUCUCACACGGCGGUUCCACAAUCCAAGCCUGUCUGAUGCCAUUCAAAACCAGCAGCUUCGUUAUGCUUCAUACGCGGUGCCAACAGGACUGCAGGGUGAGGACAAUCGCUAUGCUGUGAUUCCUCCGUAUGGGCCACGCUCAGGCCACUGGGCCAGAAAUGCCCAAGGAGGAGGGGAUGGAGGUGAGGACGUUUGGGCAGCUGAGAGGGUUUUACCACAUGGCACUGUCCAGAAUUUAUCUAAGUGGUCGAUGUACAAAGAAGAUGGGGUGUUAGAAGGAUAUUCACCCGCACCUCGAUUUGUGGAUGGAAAGGCUCAGGACCCAGACUGGGCUCCGGAGAGAGAGAGAGCCAGGCCGAAAGUACCAGGUCAAAGCUGGUAUGACAAGAUCUAUUCUAUCCUAAGCAUGCCCACAACAAGCCACAGGGUUAAACGCUGGGCGGAGGGAAUGGAGGACUUGACACAGCUCCCUGAGCUGAAUGAGACCACUGUUCUGAUGAACCUGAAGAAACGCUACGAUCAGGAUCUUGUCUAUACCUACAUAGGCAGCAUCCUUGUGUCCGUGAAUCCAUACAAGUUGCUCAACAUUUACGGGACAGACAUGGUGCUCCUUUAUGAAGGUCAUGGACUGAGUGAUAAUCCCCCUCAUCUCUUUGCCAUUGCUAAUCUCUCAUAUACCACCAUGAUGGAUGCCAAAAAAGAUCAGUGUAUAGUGAUCAGUGGAGAAAGUGGGUCAGGAAAGACUGAGGCCACUAAAUUGAUCCUGCGUUACCUGACAGCCAUACACCACAAACGCAAUGUCACACAGCAGGUAUAUAUCCUUGAGGCCAUGCCCCUGUUGGAGUCUUUUGGGAAUGCCAAAACAGUGCGCAACGACAACUCUUCACGCUUUGGCAAAUACACGCAGAUCUACAUGGACGAGGGUGUAAUCAGCGGUGCCAUAACGUCUCAGUACCUGCUGGAGAAGUCACGCAUUGUCUUUCAGGCCAAAUCAGAGAGGAACUAUCACAUCUUCUAUGAGAUGUUGUCAGGCCUUCCUCCUCAUGAGAAGCACUCACUGUACCUGCAGGAAGCUGAGACUUACUACUAUCUCAAUCAGAUAGAAACCUUAUUGUGCGUUUUUCAUAGAGAUGCUGUUGCCAAGAUCCUGUAUUCGCUGCUGUUUAGUUGGCUGACGGAGCGCAUCAACGGACGCGUCUACCCUCGCAACGAAGCCCUCUCCAUCUCCGUGCUGGACAUUUAUGGAUUUGAGGAGCUACAGGUGAACAGUUUUGAGCAGCUGUGCAUCAACUACGCCAAUGAAACUUUGCAGUUCUACUUUAACAGGGUCAUUUUCCAGGAGGAGCAGGAGGAGUACAUGCGGGAGCAGAUCAAAUGGCAGCAGCAGCCCUUCGGCCACAACGAGGCAUGCCUCGACCUUAUUGCUGCUAAGCCCCAUGGGAUACUGCGCAUACUGGACGACCAGUGUGGUUUCCCUCAGGCAACAGACCACACCUUCCUUCAGAAGUGCCACUAUCACCAUGGAAACAAUCCGCUCUAUGCCAGGCCAAAGAUGCCACAGCCAGAGUUUACCCUGAAACACUAUGCAGGGAAGGUCACCUACCAGGUCUACAAAUUCUUGGAUAAGAACUUUGAUAUGGUGCGCCAGGAUGUUUUGGACCUCUUCACCCAGAGCAAGAAUAGAAUGGUUUCGAGCCUCUUCUUGAAGCACUCAGAGUCUUUGUCUCAGCAGCGGUCUAACGUGCGGCGCAGCAGCGCAGCUCGCCGUUAUCAGGCCAACACGGUCAGCGCAAAGUUUCAAAGCAGCCUGCAAGAGCUGCUGGAAAAGAUGGAAAGGUGUAACCCUUAUUUUGUGCGAUGCAUCAAGCCAAACCAUCUUAAGGAGCCAGGAAUGUUUGACAUGGAGCUGGUCAAAACUCAGCUGCAUUACUCCGGCAUCAUGGAGACCAUCCACAUCAGGAAGGAGGGUUAUCCAAUCAGACUGCACUUUCACAGCUUCCUAUCGAGGUAUAAAGCCCUGCUCUGCCUGAAGGAUACUCCACCUGCAGACGGAGAAAACUGCGUUGUCAUGCUCCAAAAACUCGGUCCAGUGAAGACCGACUCGUAUCAGCUGGGUGUCAGUAAGAUUUUUCUGAAAGAGGAGUUGUAUCAGCUGCUGGAGGGCAAGCGUGACCGUCUGCUGAACCUCGCUGCCAGGACGCUGCAGAGAUACACACGCAUGCGCUUCAUCCGAAAGAACUUCAUCAAAUUCAAGCGCUUUCUGACUGUGUUUGAAGCUCGUAGCAGAGGCUACCUGGCCAGGAAAAACUUUGCUCUGAGGAGGAAGUACCUAAUCAGGUUACGCACUGUCGUGCUGCUCAUCGUCAAUCGCCAGCGUUACAUGAGGACAGUGGUGGAGCCUGCAAGGAAGGCGGAGGAGGAUCGCAUCAAUCGAGAAGUGGUGAAUGUGACAACAUUGCCCAUUCCCGCUGAGCUGGCCGCCCUGCUACAGGCUGCUUCAGGUGGUGAGGAGCUGCAUUCUGACUGCUUGGCUGUCGUUCAGGCUCCAAAGGUUCAGGUUGACCCCCAGCUGACCCUGCCCCUGGACAUCAACAACUACCUCAUGACACACUACAUCCGGGCUAUGUUUAGGGAGCCGUUGUUUGGGAUGGUGACAGCCCCGCUGGAGAAUUCCCUGAUUCGAAUGGAUGAAGAGCUAAAACACGGAGCCCUCAACGUUUUCCUUCUGAUACUUAGGUUCAUGGGCGACCCAAACUUGAACGGGGCUCAGGAGAAUCUGUUCGGGAACUACAUCAUCCAAAGAGGACUGGCCAAUCCCAGCCUCAGAGAUGAGAUUCUGGUUCAGGUGGCAAAUCAAGUGUGGAGGAAUCCUAACAUCCUAAACUCAGAGCGCGGCUGGCUCCUGCUUUCUUCCUGCCUUUCUGCCUUCCUGCCCUCUCAGAGGCUUGCAAAGUACCUGCUGAAGUUUGUGUCUGACUAUGGGCCGGAGGGCUAUGACUGUGUGUGCCAGCACCGUCUGCUUCAGGCCCUGCAGAGGCUCAGUGUCGGGCCGGAGUAUGUCAGGACGUACCCACCCUGCCUACUGGAGUGGACCGCCAAUCGCAAGAAAGCUCACACGGUUCUGCACGUGCACUGUUUCGAUGGUGUGUCCUUUCUGUGUCCACUGCACUCAUGGACAACAGGAGAAGAGAUGGCCAAAGACAUCUUACAACACAGGGGUGUGGUGGAGGGCCGUCGAGGAUGGUCGAUGCUGCUGAAGGAGCCGGCUCAGUGGGUGGAGCUAGAGGGCUCAGACUACGUUCUGGACCUGAUGUCAGAUCUGGAACUUCCUGCUGACUUCCCCAAACACAGCAGCUACUUCAUCAUCUCUGCACAGGAACCAACCAGAGUGCGGGCCAAUGCCAGCAUAAGCCUGUUGGGGGGUGGCUUUAACACAAACGAUGAUGUCAUAUCUACAGCCAUGUGUAGCUCGGAUGCAAUCAGCCAAGACCUGGAGCCUCACAGAGGGAUGGAUCGUUAUCUUGACAGCCUGUUUGACCCUGUGCUGUCUGACGGAGCUGGAGAAGUAGAAUCAGCUGGAGGACUUUCCAGCCGGAUGAAGGGAGCUGGGGGAGUUGGUGGUGGUUGGCAUCAACAAGGAGCGUCCACGGGCCCACCGCCUCCACCUGGAGCUGUGCGAGUACUUCCUGUGGGAGGUGUGAUGUCGCCUCCUGUUGCUGCAGUGGCACCUGUAACACCUGAUGCCCGGCAGGCUGUUUUGUCCCAGCAGCAGCAGGCGAUCGUGAACCAGCAGGCCGUCAUCAUGGCCCAACAGAUGACUAUGCAAGCCAUGGCUAUGGUCGGCAGCCCGGUGUCGAGUCCGCCCACCUCCCCGAUCACGAGCCCUCCCAUGAGUCCUCUGUUCCAUCACCCUCUGAGCCCUUAUGCCCCCACGAGCCCGUAUGCUGCCAUACCGCCAAGCCCGUAUGCAAACAUGCCACCGAGCCCCUACGCCAACUUCACCCCAACUCCCUUUGCUGCAGCAGACAUCCCACCUCGCCCCCAUCAUCUCUCUGCUCAGGCUCCGUCACAGCCUCAGGCUCGGCCUCCUGCCGGUCCCCAGACUCAGCCUCAGGCCUCCCCUGCCAACCCUAACCCUGAGCCAGCCUCCACAAAAACUGACAAAGCUAACCCAGCAGCACAGGCUCAGUCAGCCAAGGACAGCGUCCCUCCGAGAAAAGCUCCGGGCAUCCCCGUGAACAAGGACAAACCAGUCAGGAAAUUUGCCCCGGUUGUGACGUCUCCUCUGCCCCCUGCUGGAGAAGUGGUGAAGUAUUCAGCUCAGACUUCAGAUCAUGUCAUCCCCAGCCAAGAUAUCCAAGAAAUCAUUAAUAGAUACAACUCUCCACCACCACCGCCGGACCCACUGCCACCUGGCAAGAGGAGACCAGAAGGGAAGUUUAAGAAGACGCAAACACCUCGCGAUGAAGCUUUACAGAUCCUCAAACCACAGAUGGAGAACCCUCCUGCUCCACAGCCCAAACGUCCUGCUGCUGCUUCACCCUCUGCGUCUGCAGUGAAAGAGGCAGGGUUUAAACCCACCAAGAGCACAAAGACCAGAGCGCCUGCCCGUCCCCUCCCCAUACCUCCUCCAGUCUCUCGAGAACUUCCAGUAGAGACACAAACUAUCCAGACGCAGCUUCAUCAGAGGACCAAUGAAGAGCACUACACCUACACCAAUGUUCCCUGGAGGCUGUAUCUGAGGAAGGAAGUAUUUUAUCCCAAAGACAGCUUCAACAGUCCCCUGGUGCUGGAUCUAAUUUUCAAACAGAUAGUAAAUGACACCUUGUCAGAGGCGUGUGUUCGCGUCACCCGGGAUGAAAGGCAGAAAAUGAAAGCUCUUUUUGCUAAGCACGGCGUCAGACAGAAUAUGGAUCCAGUGGAGGAGCACGUAAAGAAAACUGUUGUCACAGCAGCCAGGGAAACCUGGGAAAUAUACUUCUCCCGACUCUUCCCAGCCUCGGGUAGUGUAGGAACGGGGGUGCAGGUAUUGUCGGUGUCCCACAGUGGAAUCAAACUGCUAAAGACUGUAAAAAGCAGUGCUACGGCUCCAGACUACUUCCGAGUCCUAAGACCGUACACCUAUGCCGACAUCCUGUUUGUGACCAUCCCAUCUGAGAACAUGCUGGAGUUCAAUCUGACCAAUGAGAAGCUCAUACUGUUCUCAGCCAAGGCACCACAAGUCAAACACCUCAUAGACACGUUCAUCAAUGAGAUCAAAAAGGACUCAGACUACGUGAUUGCAGAGCGUAACUUUGUUACAGAUGACCGCACGAUGCUCAGUUUCCAUAAAGGUGACAUCAUCAGGCUUCAGGUUAUGGAUGGGCUCGAGAAAGGGUACAGCUAUGGCUGCGUGGUGAGGAAGAAGGUUGUGUUUUUGGAGGAGCUCAAAAGAGACACUCAGGACUUUGGCUGGAAGUUUGGCGCCGUGUUCGGCCGCUCCGGCACAUUCCCCGCCGAGUGCGUCCAUCCCGUCGCUCCUCCUGACUUCCUGUCACUUCCACUGGACCGAAAGUCGGAGCCUCGAGGUGGAGCGGGACAGUUCGCUGUGUCAUCAGCUGUCGCUGUCGCCGUAGCAUCCACCAUGGCCGCGCAUGAGAUAGAUCAAACAAUUGAGAAGGUCUCUGUUGAUGGCUUUGCUGAUGGAGAUCUGGAUGAAAGUGCCCUGCAGGACACGAAAUAUGACAUGCUGGAGUUUGCCAAGAAGUACUUCAGACAGGCGGCCAGCGGGAAAGGAGAUUCCCUGAAGAGCAAAAGCAAGAACAGAGACUCCCGGGAGCCCAUUGAAAUGAUCAAGUUUUCCAAGACGCCUCUGACUGAAUCUCUGAUAGAGUUCACAGAUCCGGCCAUGAACAGAGUGGCAGCCGAUCUCUUCCUGUCCAUCAUGCGUUUCAUGGGCGACUCUCCAUUAAGGGGGCUAACAGAACAGGAAGUGGUCAGCACUUUCCUCAAGCUCAUAGGAGAGUUCUCCUUGAUGAGGGAUGAGGCUUACUGCCAGCUCCUCAAACAGCUUACCGCUAACACCAGCUCCAAACCCGACAGUUGCCAGCGAGGCUGGCGGCUGCUGUACAUCCUGACUGCUUUCCACUGCUGCUCUGAAGUCCUCAAGCCCUUCCUCCUCAAAUACCUGCAGCAGGCCUCUCGCAGCGCAGGAGUGCAGUAUCAGGGCAUAGCUAAAGCGUGCGAGCAGAAUCUGAAGAAGACGUUCCAGUUUGGAGGCCGCAUUGUUCCACCCAACAGCAUGGAGCUGAAGGCUAUGAUGGCGGGACGGAGUUCAAAACGUCAGCUGUUCCUCUUCCCCGGGGGUAUCGAACGUCACGUGAAAAUCAAAACGUGCUCUGUUGCCCUGGAGGUGAUCGAGGAGCUGUGUUAUGAGAUGGGUCUGCACAAGCUGGAGGCUAUGGAAGAAUAUGCCAUAUUUUUAGUGACCAAUAGAGGUCAGAAUGUGCGUCCUUUGAACAAGCGUGAGUACAUCCUGGAUGUGGCGACAGAGGCCGAGUUAGUCGACACCGGCUACAGCUUCUGGUUCAGGCGAGUCGUCUGGACUCAGCCGCUCAAGUUUGACAAUGAGCUCUGUGUGGCCAUGCACUAUAACCAGAUCCUUCCAGACUACUGUAAGGGUCUGCUGAAUGUUCUUCCACAUGGAAAAGUGAGCGAUCAACAGUUUCACCAGAUCUCCAAACUGGCAGCUUUGCAGCACCGAGCCAAAGACAACAUCUUCAUUCCCAGCAUACACGAAUUAUCGGAGUACAUCGCCACACCUCUCUUCAAAAAGCAGCCACCCCAGCAGUGGGUUACCAUGGCGACACAGCAUAUGCAGCAAGUACAGGCACUGAACCCGCACCAGGCCCGAGCACAGUUUCUGGGCCUGGUCAGUGCAUUCCCCAUGUUCGGCUCUUCGUUCUUCUACAUCCACAGCAGCAGCUCCACCACCUUUUACGCUCCCUGUAUCGUUGCUGUCAAUCAACACGGUCUCCACUUCCUCCACAAAAAUACCCAUGAGAUGAUGGCACUGGUCCCCCUGGCAGAUAUACAGUCCACCCGCACCCAGAGACCCACUGCUGGGACCAGUUACCCUUAUGUAGACCUCACCUUUGGGGAUAUGAACGCACAACGUGUCAUUCAGCUACAGCUGGAGCAGGGCCUGGAACUGUGUCGAGUCGUCGCCAUGCAGGUGGAAAACAUGAUGUCGGUGAGGGAGAAGAGGCUCACUCUGCCACCCAGCGAAAUCACCAUGCUGUAACGCACAAACUUUCACGAGUGCUCUUGCUAAUGUACAUGAGACCUUCAUAAAUAGCCUACCUCUUCUCA